CGUGUUUAUUAUUUGAUUGAUAAUGUUGUUUGAAAAAUAAUUGUUUAUAUAUUGAAACUGUUUGAAUCCAGUAAAAAUUUAAAAUUGGUUAAUGAUCCUGUAAAACUGAAUGUUGUUUUUAAUUCAUGAUUAUCUUUUUUGUAUCGAAAGUGUAAUAGUUUACAAUGUAAUAUCGAAUAUUUGCUAAAAGUUAACCUCUUUAUAAUGUUGGUGGUAAAAUCUAAGAACAUCUUUUUGUUAUGGUAUCUUCAUUGAAAAAUUGGCAAUUGGAAAUUUAUCAAAUGUGUCAGUGAAUGUGGGGAAACUUUUAUUUAAUGGAAUACAAUGGAGCUUAUCAGGGACAAUGAAAUUGUUCCAAGUAGUAGUUAUCAAAGUGAGGAAGGGGUGAGAAGUUGUAGAAUUAAAAAGAAACAGACUGAUCCAACAUGCUGUCCAAUUUGCAGUGUGACUAUAAGAGACACGGAAGUUGAUAUACAUUUGAACUCUGAGAUUGAAAAGCUCAAUAAACUUCCCUCAUCAAAAUACAAGGUAAAUAGUAAAAGCAAUCCUUCUAGUUCAUCACACAAUAAUACUGACAAAAACUGGGAGACAUUCCAAAAGGUACGGUCCAAUAGGCAGACUAGACAAAGGACCAAAACCAGAAAAAGGCGAGCUGAGGAUACUUGCCCUAUAUGCAAUAAUGAGGUAAGCGAAGAUCUCAUACUUCAUGUAGAACUGUGUUUGAGAAGGUCAGAGACAGCAAACGGUAGUGAGAGCGAUGAAAACAUAGACGUGGAAGCCUUUGAAGAGUAUGAAUGGGCCGGGCAGUCUCGUAUACGAGCUACUGCUCUUUUGCAGGGAAGUGUGUCAAAUUUGGGUACAUCAAUAACCAUGGCAGAAGAAGAUGAAGACUUAAACGUUGAUGUAGAUGACACCCAAAUGUAUGGAUUGCCACAGUACCAUGAAAAAGAUGUGAUCCUUCCAUGUGACAACCCAGGUGCUACAGCACUUCGUAUGGCUGUUACAGGAAGUCAGCCAAAAAAAUUGUGUAUAAGAACUGAUAACGACUCCAUAAAUACAGAACAUAGUUCUGGUUGUGAUCCUAUUAUAGAAGUAUUAAAGAGACGGAUUCGUGAAUUGGAAAGUAAGAAUAAGGAAGAUGUGUUCAAAUGCCUAAUUUGUAUGGAACGUUAUAGAAAUCCUGUUAUAUCUGUGUGCUGUUGGCAUGUCCAUUGUGAAGAAUGCUGGCUGAUGACUUUAGGAGCCAAAAAGUUAUGCCCCCAGUGUAAUAUGAUAACAUCACCAGCAGACCUGAGAAAAAUCUACAUGUAAUACUGUGUUCUACAAAUUCUCAUUAUUUAUUCAAAUAUUAUUUGCUGUUAUUUUGUAUCUAGAAUAUAGAUAUUUUUUGAUAA